GCACGCUGACAGUUUCAAACAAUCGCCGAGUGUCUGAAGGUUACCCACUUGCUGCCCAGACCUUCAAUCAGCCCUGCCUUCAGCGACUUCGGUCAGGAGGAGCACCGGGGGGCAGCAUUGGCCAGGCAAGAGUCACGCAUCACGGCAGACACUAUAAAGAAAAUUCGCCUGAGCCACUAACGAGCUGGGCCGUCCAAGAGAUCCUCAAGAAGGCCUACUGGGGCUAUAGGCAGCACAUUAAACAAAAAAUAGUUGUAAUGGCUUUAGUGAUACUAUUCAACUCUACAAAACCAGCAACUUCACCACCGGAACCCACCACCACCACCACCGCCAUGCCCUCCUUCAACCCCGACACCACCGCCGCCACCGCCGCCGCCCCCGCCCUGCCGUCGUGGGUGCUGGAGGCCCGGGACGCCGCCGCCAUAGCCCGCCGCCGCCGCCUACUGCAGGAGCGCGCCUACAGGAUUCACGCCCAGCCGCGCUCCACCUCCAUCGCUGUGGACGUGGAGGGGCUGACGCAGCAGGUGGAGGAGCGGCGGCGGCGGGAGGAGCAGCAGGAGCGGGAGGAGGAGGAGUUCAUGCGCCUGGCAGCCACGCAGGACCGCGCCGCCCUGCUGCUGCACCACCGCGAGGACAAGGCCGAGGAGGAGCGGCGGGAGGCGCUGAAGACGUUCUGGCGGGAGGAGCAGCGGCCGGAGAGGCGGAGAGACGCCGACCUCGAGGCGCGCGAACAUGUGACCUCCGCGCUGUACGAACUGAGGUUCGAGGGCGAGGACCUGGGCCGGAAGGAUCGUGAGCAGGCCCAACGGCAGCAGGCGAGGGAGUGGCUACAGCAGCAGAGGGACGAGCAGCGACUCAGGGAACAGCAGGAGCAGGAGCAGGAGAGACUGCGGGAGUUGGAGUGCGCGGAGGCUGCGGACCGGGCGCGUCAGCUGGGCCAGGCCGAGGAGGAGCUGCGCCGCGCUGAGAGUCUGGCGCUGACCCGAUACAACCUGGCGCUGAGUCGCGAGCGUGAGGUAUCUCGCUACCAGGACAGCCUAGCAAGUCGAGAGGCCGAACAUCAGGAGGUGGCCAACGCCGUGAUGGGAUCCUUUCUGACGGAGGCACCCGCGCAGGCUCGUAGCGCCCUGGGGCCACACCGGGUCAUUCCCCAUAGGUGGAAGGGCAUGAGUGAAGGAGAACGACGCAGCAUCCAGGAGACUCGUGAACGGCAGGUGGCGGAGAGGAAGCGUCGUGAGGAGGAGGAGCGGCGGCGGGACGCGGCGUGGGAGGACUAUGCCAGCCAUGCGGACAGGGCGGCGCUGAAGGCUGACCACAGACACCACACCGACGCCAAGCGUCGUGAGCAGCAGCUGGCGGCCACCAACCAGCACCUGGCCCAACAGCAGCACCAGUACCAGCGCCGCCUGACCUCAGCACUCACAAGCCCCGACCCUCCCACCCAAGACUUCUACAAUAAGUUUGGGGUGCAUCCACGCUAAGCUGGGUUCCUCUUGGUUCCUCUUGGGUACUCUGUUGUGUGUUUUCCUUGAUUCCUCUUGAUAUUGUGAGUGUUCCUAUUGAUUCCUCUAGAUUCUGUAAAUGUUUCUCUUGAUGAUGUGCAAAUUGUUCUCGAAUCCUCUUGAGUAGCUAUUCUUGAUUACACUAACACACUAACGUUGCACAUCGAAAGACGUAUUAAACAAUAUAUAAAAAAGUUCCCAAUGAGGAGAUUUCGACUGGCUAGAGUACUGUUGGAAAUUACUGAUAUUGUAUAUCUUGACAUUAAAAAAACAAUAAAUAAUUACGCUGAUAGAAAAUCGCAUACGAAUAUGUUUCCCAAUGAAAAUAAAGUGAUAAAAACUACAUUCAAACAGUUAUGCACAAUGUAAACAAAGUAAUAAUACAAAAAACUAGUCAAAGUACUUGUUCAAAUGUUAACAAAAUAUUAUGGAGAAAAUAAAUAAAUACAUACUACAACUUCUUAAAUCCUUGCUACCUCUUUUGACCAGCUGAUGGCGUUUAUAUGAAAAAAGAACAAUGUAGGUCUAGUACACACAGCUUCCAAUAUGUAAAAGAUUCCCCUCUCAAGAUAACGGAAGAACUUAGUAAUACAUGAUAGGCUGCAGUGAAACAUGGGUUGAAGAGUGGCACCAGUUUUUAUAUAAGAAUUUCUCGCUCGCAGAAGCUUCGCAGUACAAAAAUAAAGCGUUUCCUUAAUAUUAAAGUUUGUGAGUUUUGAAUGAAUACAGAAAUUGCUGGGAGGGGGGUUGUGUGUGUGUGUGUGUGUGUGUGUGUGUGUGUGUGUGUGUGUGUGUGUGUGUAUGUGUGUGUG